AUGGAUCAUGAUAGGACCCCUCCGUUAUCUACUAUUACUGAACCGGCAUCCAUCCACAGAGUCUUCAACCAUCAUAGACAAUAUCCUCAGCUUCCAAAAGGAUAUGAUGACUGGGAGAAGCAAAAAGAGCAAUACUGCCCAAGAAGUCUCCUACGGCUUUUAAACGUUGAGGGGCUCAAAGGAAAAAACACAAGCCAGCACCAGUUCGGUUAUGUCUUCUGUCAUCGUGGCCUCUAUGAACGUGCGCUAGGGAUCAUCGACAAUUCGGCGGCCGCAAUUGACAAUGGAACAAAGCAGAGAUUUUUUCUGCACGAGGUGGACGCAUUCAUCUGGGAAAGGCUAGAUAAGGCAUUCGUGGGCCAUGACAAGAUUCCACGACGUGUCACAGCUAAAGAGGACACAUGGACCUCUUACUCGCUCCAGGAAAUUCUCGACACAUCCCUUGUCACGAGAGGAGUGAAUACAGAGACGAACAAACCGGAUUUUGCGAGCUCAUACCUAGCAACCGAUCAGAAGGUGAUGGGUCUUUUGGCUACACUCUGGAACCAAAUACUCGAGCCUGAUGGCUGCACACUGCAGAUCGACCUGAGGGAUGAGGACUUCGCCAAAGCAAUAUCCUAUUACACUUUCCAUAUUUCCAAACCGGAUAUUCCACGCAAAUAUCCUACGAGUCGAGAGGGGACUUUGCUAUGGAGUGUUUUCCAGUCAACAAUUCUGAAAGGCACUACUAUGGGCUUCCCAUAUUACGAUGAUCUUUACCAAGCAAUCAGGGCCCACUCUAGGAAAGCAUAUGGGGCAAGUGUCUUUGAAACGAAGCACCUAAGCUCGUGUCCGCCUUUGAUCAUAGUAUUCUAUCCCAAGACGCUGAAAACCCUUGCAGAAGAAACAACAUCAGCGAGCUCGAGAUAUCCCAGACAGAGCUUUGAACCUCUUUACAAUACCUUCAUGAAGCAAGUUAUGUCCUUUGUGAAGGUUGGGGAUGGCAAUCACUUUAUACUUGAGAUCGUUCACAGCGGCCUUGGACUGGGUUACGAUAAGAAGACAGGAAAGGCAAUAAACCCUCUGGAUGGAACACCACUGAAGGACAAGGAAGUUAUCUACGAGAGCUGCAUCGACCGAGCCAUGAUUGAUGUCAGUUUGGAACUGAGAAGGAAAUACCCGCGUCUCUUGUUCUCAUCUUGUACACGAUUACCCGACGUCAUCACACCCAACGGAAAGUACAAGGCGAGUUACGACACAUCACGUUUGGUGAGGCUAGAGGAUGGCGAGGCUGGACUUUCAACCAAGCUGCGAGCUAUGCCUGGAGGGCUGUACCCGCAGUCUCACCUCGUUGUUGCCGAUGACCCAGCAGCGGAAAUUGCCGCGCGCACAUGGAUCGACCAGAGCUCUGGUUUGGAUCGACGCGACUUACUCAGGUAUCCUUACAACAGAUGGCUUGCUGGGGCCGAUAAAUCCGUUUUCGCUGCUAUGAACCAGCUUAAUAAUACCGACUUUCUGCCAAAUACAUUCGGGUAUCCCACGCCCGUAGAGUCCACAUCGGAUACCGUGGACGCCGGCGAUGAUAGUCCAAUAGACUACGGCGAAAGAGUCAGAUCGUGGUUGGAUCCGCUGAAUGCGGUCAAUUCAACGGACUUCGAUGGCGAGUCUCAAAGAAGCGGAAUCAACUAUAGCGGGGAGGAAGCUGGAUAUGAUCAUUAUAGCAGUUCUUUGGGCGACAGCCUCCACUUUUCCGAAAGUCAAUUUUGGGAAGACUACCAGGAACGUACCACCAGUUAUGUCAAGAAAGAGCGUGUGAUUAUUCCGGUAGCAGGCAGGACUUUCACAUUCAUGAGCGAAGCCGAAGCGAAACGUGCAGUGACCGGUUCAGCAACAUACAAAGCAGCCGAAAAUGACAAUGUGGAGGUCCUCGUGAAACUUCUUUCCAAUGGUGCCAACAUAAACGAUGUAACAGGACUUUAUAGUACUCCGCUAGCAGUGGCAUGUGCAAAAGGCCAUGAGAGGUCUGUGAAAUUGCUUUUGGAACCGGGGGCCGACAUUCACAAAUCAGGACCGUUCGGCUCGCCGCUGGAAAUUGCAUCUCAAAUGGGCCAUGUCAACAUUGUCAAAUUUUUAUUUGCGGCGUCCGGAAGAAGAAAUACGCAUAUCAAGCCUUUUGGGAAAGUAUCCACCAGCACUGCGCUUCAAAAGGCGGCUAGAAACGGACACGAUGAUGUUGUCAAGCUACUGCUGGAUAAAGGAGCCGAUGUCAACUUUACCGCGGAAAUGGGGGAUUUUACGGCUCUGCGUCUCGCAAUUUUAGGGCGCCAUAGUACUGUUAUCAGUCUACUUCUAGAGAAUGGGGCCGACGUCAACUUCCAGACCAACAUCUUUGGAAGUAUGUUAUACUUGCCAUGUUUAACCGGCGAUGUGACCACGGCCAAGCUACUGCUGGAAAGGGGAGUCAAGAUUGACUUCCCAAUCACAGGGGAAUAUAAUCCCCAAAUCGUCUCGCUCCUCGUGGAAGCCGGCGUAGAUGUACCCUUGAAUCAACCGAGGUUAUAUCCAAGGGAAGAUGAUCCGGCGCGGCAAGGGGUAGAGAGGACAUUGAAGUCCCGAAAGAAAUUGAAGCAAAUGUGGACACGGCAUUACGAGAACCCUGUUUCUCAACAACCGAUUGUUCCAUAUGGAACAGACUGCGGUUGUCUCAUAUGCUUCAUUGACAAAAAGGUCCAGUCAGAGAUGGGCGAGAAUCCGGUUCGCAAUCUCCCAUUCUCCCCUUGGACUACCCGAAGCCCCUCGAGGAGGAAGAAUCAGGUAAGCAAAGACCAGGGGACAAGAGAGAGAACGAACGAAUCGUAUGGGGAGCGGAGAGGAGGGAGACGAUAG